GCAAAGUCCGCAAUUUGAUUUUUGUGUAAACAUUGAUGAUGCAAGCAAAAGCGGGAUGAGAAUUCGUUUCUAAAUAUCUUUUAAAAUUGAGUCGGAACGAACAUGUUUGAUAAUUAGAUCUAGCUUUGGUUACAAUGAAACAUUUCGCCGAUAGGAGUGAACCGUAUUUUUGUAUAGACUAUAUAGAGUGGUACCAUAAUAGCAUUGUUCUCAAAAUUUGGUCCACUUCCGACGUAAAUGCCAGCUGAAUAAGAUUGUUACCUUGGAUUCAAAAUGGCGGCCCGAUUAGGAAGAACGUCAAUGACUCCAACAAACAAAGUGCUGAGUCAAAUAUGAAGGCCUUUCAUACUGGUAUUGAAGGAACAUGGUUAGGUCGACAUUUCAACUUCUGUGAUUGGUUUGAGUUGGAGGCUCUAAGAUUGUUUCAAUGAUCUGCUUCACAUGUACACGGAGCUCUGCUGCUGUGCUUUACGCAUACCGGUAACUGUCUUGGCCAUCUGUAGAAAUGGCUAGAGGAGAUGAGGACAAGUAUGGAGAAGGGAGUAGAGUGCAUGGCUGGAAUUGUCCACUGCAUAUGUUGCAGGUUCUGGCUUGGAUAGUAAUCGUUUAUUUCAUCAUCAUCACAAAUGGAUGUCUGAUACCCAACCUCAUCUCUAAUGUACAGAUUCCCUUGUACUGUACAACCUCCAUCCUUGUUCUGGGGCUGGUGUUGACACUUAUUGUGGCCACAACACUAGAUCCCGCGGACAAAGCUGUCAGGGACAAGGGAGGCAACAAAAAUGUCCCAAAGUUGGACAGAACCAAACACAAGCAUGCAAUUGAGAACCAAUCAUGUGCCCUCUGCCAAGUUUUUGUGGGGCCAAAAUCGAAACACUGCAGUGCCUGCAAUAAAUGCGUGUCUGGAUUUGACCAUCACUGUCGGUGGCUGAACAACUGUGUCGGGGAUCGGAACUACAAAUGGUUUUUCGCAACCCUGAUUUUUGCAAUCCUGGCGUCACUGAUGGUGAUAUGUGUCAGCAUCUGCCUUUUUGUGGGAUUUUUCACAGACAAAGACAAAGGAAACAUUAUAAAAUCCUAUAGGGACUCUGUCAAUUCUGGCGGGUCACAUUCCCUGAAGUUUUUCGAGCUACCGGUGCCAGACGGAGCCUUCUUGACAGUGGAUAUCCUCACGGCACUGCUGGCUUUCAUCGCAUUUGGAUUCCUGGUCCAUCUGACACAGUUCCACAUCUGGCUCAUAUGCAAGGACAUGUCCACCUACGAUUUCAUCGUCAUGCAGAGAGAGAAAGCUCGAGCCAAGGAGGAAAGUUCUCUGAGUGCUUUGUCCUCACCGAAUUCUCGUUCACAGCCUAUCAAAGCAAACAAGAUUACACCCAGUAAGCAGCAAAGUUCAGAAACGCACAUGACCAAAUCUGAAGAAGAUUUGAAAAAAUAUCAGACAUCUCUCGAGGAAAAGGAACAGAUGGAUGGAGGGGAAACGCCUCCGCCUCUCUCAAGCCCCAUCAGAGAUGAGAAGUUUGGGUUUUCCCAUCAAACAGAAGAGCCCAGCACAUACACAGCUCUACGCAAAAUGAAGAGGAAAAAGAAGAAAAAAGCUGUGGCCGUAGGUAGAGGCGACCCAGAAAUGCAAAUAGCUACCAUAGACAAUUCUGCCAUGUACCAUCAUAAUGGGCUAUCAUCAGGGAUGACCAGUGACGAUUGGGCCAUGAACAAGCGCAAGAAAGCUGGAGGUUUCCGCCCCCAUCCCAGUUUGUCCAACUCAUCUUCCUCUGAAUAUCUUCCGCACGGGGACUCAGCUGCAAAGCUGAGCCUCAGCGACAAAAAGGCAGCAGCAACGUCAGACGAAGAGGCUGAUAAUGAGGAUCUCAACACAACGACGAUGUUCUCUGUAAAUUCCAGUGCUCAUUUUUUCCCAGACGGGAGCCUCAAUUACAAGAACAGCCUUCAACCACUUCCUCUGACCCCGAUUCCAAAACGGAAGUGGCCUCCUCAGGCUCAGCAAGAUAUCCCACCCUUGGAUCUGACCGCGUUGCGUGGGAGCACGGAAAGUACGAACUCCUACAAACCUUACACGGGCACAACGCGGUCAUUUGACACAUACAGGUUCACAGGAGACCAGAAAUCCUUGUCUCCCUUGAAGCCACUACAAGAAGUAGCUUAUGAUUCUGGAGUCUAGUUCCAGUACAGCUAACUUGUCAGUGACAAAUGAGAAUAGUAAACAGCUUUAUCUUCCUAUGAUUUAAGUUUCUAUGAUGUUGACUCGGAGCUUGUGAUAUUUUAAAGUCUUGGAAUCUACAGCUGCUCUUAGAACUUUGGCAUUCAGAACAAAAUUGUUUGCUGCUUUAAGACGUCAUUGUGUCUUUGGACAAUAUUUGACCAUUUCAUUGAUUUGCCAGCUGUGGCAAUUUUUAUCCCAAGCCAUAUAUGUUUACAAAUAAAAACAUGAAAUUCUGCAUUGCCGUGUCACAAUUACACAGUUGCACAAAGGGACAAAUAUCACAAAUGCAUGCAUACACUAAAGGGUACACAUCAUUUUUACAUACAUGCACUAGAGGGCAUUCAUCAAAUCUACUCAUAUACACAAAGUGACGCACUAGUACGUUUACUCACAUAUAUAUAUAUACAAAAUAACACACUAUUACAUCUACACACAUACACAAAAUGAAACAUAUCACUUCUACUUUCAUACUCAAAAUAACGCCUUUCACAUCUUCACUCGACCUCAAAUGACACAUGUCACAUCUAGGGACAGUCACACACAAAAGGAGAUUGUGUCACAAAUGCUUGUUCAUAUCACCAGUGAACGAUCUCCCUAUUCCACACUGGACAUUGCGGACUGCUGGGACACAGCACCUGUGAACUUACAGACAAGUAUUACUCUUAUCCAGUGUUUAAGAUAAGGACUCGUCCUCCAACUUUGCUGUCUCCGCAAACAUUUGAGGAGACAGGCCUGAACCCAAGAUGAUGACCUUAUAGGGAAGCUAUGGCAUUACCCAUCGCAACAAGGAGGGAUAACUGCCGUUUUCACCGUUUCAAAGAGGCUCUGUGUGCAUGGAGGCACAACAAACUUUAGAAAAAAGAAGAAAAAGUUGUGUGUGCACAGGGGAAUCUUUUCACCACAUGUGCAAACCAUUGAAUUCCUUUAUAAUGUUUGGGGGGGUUUUUUGGUAUUUUUUCCGUUUGUUUCCCAAACUUAAAAACUAAUUGACUAAUAGCUUCAACAAAAAUUUCAGAGAUCUUCAACGUAAUUUUGUAAUAGGAUGGGGGGGUUGUGAUCCAAUUCCUUUCAGGCAUUGAAUUCACAGAUAUGCACACUUACUAAUGUCACAUUCUAUUCUUUCAUAGAUUUCUCUGACUUAGCACGUUUGUGUAAGUGAAAGAAAUCCAUGUACAUGUAGAUGGAUAUGCAAAUAACUAACAUGUGGACAUAUGCAAAUUCAGAAUCUAUUUUUAAUGUUAAUUGGACUGUCGAUUUGUACAAACUGGUAGAUCUGUUUCAUACUGAUCUCAUUGCACAUAGUCAUUUUGACAUCAUGUUCGUUUUAGGUGAUCUGCUUUUGUAUUACAUAUUUUAGUUUUAGUCCUGCAGUGAGCAAAGCUGGGUGUGUGUCGGCCAUUGCUUCAAAUGCCAUGGCUGUGAGCUUGUGCAAAUGCCACAAACGUAGAAUUCCAAGUACUUGCAUGUAUGUUGAUGUGCUUUAACCAGUGUCAUUAUUUUGUGUCACGUUUUUGUGCAAUUUACGAUGGUGGAGAGCCCUACACAUGUUUUUCAUUAGAUCUUCAAUUACAUGAACAUGUCACAUUAACAGCUGCCUGUUUUGUAGGUUUGUAACUCAACAUUCCAACAUUAAUAAGACAAUGAGUUGUUUUUUAAAUUAUUUUGACUUUGUCUUCAAGUGAUAUGCUGUGGCAAAGUUACCUGUUCACUUUACCAGGAUUCUGUUGCAUGUAUUUGAAAUCAGAUUGACUUUUGGGUGUUUGGGCCUCAGUGUUCUGUGAAAAUGAUGAUUUAUUUGUCAAAAGAAUACUUGUUUUUAUGUUUAUAUAUCUGAAUUUAGUCGAUUUGAUUUAACUGAUUCACUCCAUGAUUAUUUUGGCCUCUUGAUGGAAUUAUUUUCUGGGUUCUAAAUUUGAGUGGAGGGUUACAUCACGUUUCAUGCAAAAUGUCAGUAGUUUCUAUUUUUAAAAUAUGCAUUACCAUACUUCAAAUGAAAGAUAGAUAACUGAAAAGUGCACAUGACAGUGGUUUGAGAGGUGUGGUGUAUAAGGUCGGUACUAUAAAAGUAUAAUACGACCAAGAUCACAAAAUUUACAAUCAGCAUUUUUGCUUACUUGAUCCCUGGUGUUGAGGAAACCACUGUUUGCUGGUCAUAAAAGGCUUAAAAUGUCAAAUAAUCCAAUUGAAAGUUAGUAUAACCACAACUCGAGUCGGUUAACUAUAUACACAGACAUUGCGGGGUUCGACAAAUACAAAUCAAAUGUUGGAGGUGAAUUGUAAAAUCUCAGGUCCUCAGCCAAAAUUUGAAGGGAAAAAAAGUAAAGGAUCGAAAAAAAA